AUGUCCACCAUGAAGCACUUCGCCAUCGCCGGGGUCGGGCAUAUCGGGGAAUUUAUUGCGGAAGAAUUCUUGAAACUGAAAGCCAACGGACGAGUCUCGACAGUCCUAGUCCUGACCCGCAGGGUACCCGACGGCGACGAAACGCUCACCAAGCUAUCCGCGCUGGGAGCUACGGUCAAGACCGUGGACUACGCUUCCGAAUCUUCCCUCACCUCUGCCCUCGCUGGCGUCGACGCCGUCCUUUCCGUCGUCGGAAGCGCUGGCCACGGGGCCGAGGCCGCCCUCGCAGACGCCGCCAAGGCCGCCGGCGUAAAGCUUUUCGUCCCGUCGGAGUACGGGUCGUACUCCAAGGGCGCCAAGGGCGGCUUCUACACGCACCACGCUGAUAUGCACAAGAAGCUCGAAGAUAUGCAGUUGCCGCACACGCUGAUAUACAACGGGCAGUGGUCCGAUUUCAUCUUCGUCGCGUACUUCGGAUGGGAUGUCCCGGGCGGGAGAGUCGCAAUCGCUGGAGAGGGGAACACCCCCAUCAGUUACACAACUCGCCGAGACGUGGCCCGCUUCGUAGCCCACGCAUUGACGACUCCGUCUCCGGAACAGCUGUACUGGAAAUCCCUGUGCAUACAAGGAGACCGCAAGACCUUGAAUGAAGUUGCUCAAGGGUAUAUGGCGAAGAGUGGAAGGCACCUCGAGAUCACCUAUACUCCGAUAUCACAACAAGAACAAAUCUUGCAGGACAACCCUCCGUUUUCCGUCCCGGCGAUCAUAGCCUACCUCAAACACAGUUCAAGUUGGGAGAUAGGCGGCGCUGAUUUACAGUCGAAGUCGCCCGAAGGGCUUUCCAAUGACUUGUGGCCGGAGUGGAACCCGACGUCUGCUGUGGACGCGCUGAUUGAGACCUACGAGCGAGCCUGA